AUGUCGCAACAACCGAACGAGCCCCUUGUACGAUCUUCAAUGUCUCCGGCGAAUAUACAACCCCGAAACCGAUCCUCAGGAACUGCGCCAUCUUUACUACGAUCCGAUGGGGGCUCAUUUCGCCAGACCCCGCCCCGACAGAACGACGACCGAGCGAGCGGGGAGUUAGAAGGUACUACACUGGGCAGCGGUUCUCGUGAUGGAGAUCGAAGGACACCGGGCCAGCGUAGGACCCAGAGCUCAAGUGGCUUCUUGCUCGACUCGUUACCUCGUCCGCGAAGCACAAGAGUUAGCUUGCACCGCCCUCGCCCGUCAGAACCUCCCCAGCCGAAGCGCAGCGUUCCCGAGCCGGAUAUCGUGGUCCCCAAGAAACGCUCGCGAUUCCCAUGGAGCCGGCAUAAGCACCGCGAGUCUGAAGCGAUGCCAGAGGAUGAAAGUUCAGUUCCGACCAGUGCUCCGCAGGCUCCUACGCCUCCUGAUACACAACCCUCCGGAAGCUCCUCACAGCCCGAGGUACAAGAAGACAAUGUGGCACAUUCAACUCCCGGACUCGAUAGGGACUCGAUUCAGAUCGUCAACUUAGCCUUGAAUCUCAAUGAAUCUCGGAGGAGGACAGCUUCUGGAAUACCCCCGGGCUCCGAGAGCCGAAGACCAAUAUCUGUCUCUCAACCUGCUGUUCCGACAGUAGACGGCUAUUCGUAUUCCCCACGUGCGAGGAAUUUCCAGCGCGACUCACCGUAUCGCAAUUUUACCCAGGUCUCCGGUAAUCGUUUGUCACAGGGGACACUGCCGAGCUUAGACCAAUCAUCUGUUGUGAAUUUAUUGCCUCGAUCCGCGAUUGAGGAUCACAGGGCAUACGAACUUUCCGAAAGCACGUUGGCUCGUGCUGAGAGAGCACGUAAUCAUUUUGAUUUAUUUCAUGAAUAUAUGCGCCUACUGCCCUCAUUACCACCUCUUCGAGAUGCAGUGAAGGCUGACGCCGAGUCUACACCACGGAAAGCCUACCGCGGCUAUAACCCGCUUCAAAUGAUUCGCAACCGGAAAGUCAGAUACCGUGAGAAAUGCACCAUUGAUCCAGCCGCAGAAGGAUGGCAUGACGUUGAAAGAGUCCACCAAUGGAUCAAUGAGGUCGAGCAAAAAUACAGCCAAAGAGAGUACGACCCGCUAGAUUGCUUAAAGCUGCCACCUUUCCAACAAGGUCGUCGCCACGUAUCUAUGGGGGAACACGAAGAUAUAGAUGCGAUGCCUACAUCUCCGGGAUCAAGCUUGCGACGAGUCAGCCGAACCAGCAGCAUGAAGGCCCGUCGACCACGUCUUGAUUGGAAGACCUCGCCGGCAGAGCUUCUGGCCGAUGCCGCCUGGCUGGAAUAUGGUGUCAACAAGACGAAGGUGGUCGAUAAGGAUGGCUUUAAACUCUACCCCGACUCUACAGAAUUAGUUAGCCUGGACGCAAGCGACGAUUUUGGGGCGCCUCAAAAGCAGCAGCGCCUUUCGGUUGAAAUGGCAGAUCCUAGAGAGGCACGUUCGUCACCGCACACUUCUGUGUCCAGCUCUCACCCUGCAUUGGCGCAAGAAUUCAAGAGUGUGCGUCGUGGGCGGCACAAGCACAGGUUUCGAAGUCAUUCGCACAGCUUACGCAGCCGUAGUGCUUCCAGCAAACGAAAGCCGUCACGAUGGGAUCAUGUCAAAAUGCGUUCGGCUAGCGUAUCGAGUUCUUCAAGCUCAGAUACCCACCCUUCCGUUGAUGAAAAGCCUCGCAUGUCUCGUGAGAAUAUCCGCGACCAUGUUCAAAGAUUCGUCGAACAUGCACACUCCGGAUCUCGGACAUCCCGCGCCAAAUCUCCAGCUGUUCUUAAUGAUGAAUAUGAUCGGGGAAGGACACCACAACCAACCGAGCCGUUAUCGGUCAACACGAAGCAAGCCCGCAAGCACAGAAAGGGCUCUAUCUCAUCAGCAGGCAGUCUUGAUGACCGGCACAAUCCUCGUAUAUCCCUAGAAGGCAUGGAUAGCACUGCGCCUAACUCUCCCGCUCGUGUUGGCUACUUCCCAAGCAUAGCAAUUGUUUCACGCCACGAGCGCAGCAAGAGCAAGCAAGCAGAUCGAGAGCGAGAGCGGGAAGAUGAAUUGCCGGAACCCGAUACUUUGCGUCAGCGAAAUCUGACGGCGCCUUCACGGACGGAGGGUGCUUCCAAGCUCGAGCCAAGUCCUCUUCCUGACGUUGUGUCGUCAUCCUAUAAUGAUGACCAAGGCACACAGGAAGGCAAUCGGGUAGAUGGACAUCGGUCCCGUAAAGGGCCCUAUCUUCCCGAAUCAAAGCUACGAGGAAUAUUCAAGGGACCAGGUCGCAUAGCAGAGAUCGUGGGCAACGAGGUUUCCAAAGUCGGAGAUCUCAUCCUGAAGAAAGAUGCAGAUCCCGAAUCUCGGAAAUCAUCGUCCGCGACCACUUUUGCAUCGGAUGAUAGUGAUUCUGAUGAAGAAUCUAGGGGUGACAGGAAAUCUGGCCCCAAAGGCCUUCUACGUCGCCUGCCAACGUUUACAGAUGAGCCUGGGCGAUUGACUCGCAGAAAUUCCGAGAAGAACUCAUCCCGAAACUUCAUCCCCUCUCUGCCGACCUUCACAUCACCCCUGCGGCAAGAUGAACGAAGCGAAGUAGCAGAGGUGACAGAUUUCGGCAGUCCUCGCGAACGAGUUUCCUCUGCAAGAAAUUAUGGUCCCCGUGAUUCUCCCAAGAAGUUCUCGCUGCCACGCAGCAAAACGCUGGAUUUCAGCCCUUCUAUGCACACGGAACGGACAAAGCGCCACGAGAUUAAAGACCCUUCUGUGCCUUUCAGCUUAACACGGCCUCCCGUCACAGGGCUUGCCAACGCUCGAGCAUCACCAGGGCUUUCACCGGAGGGAAGACGCUCUGGCCUUUCAGGUGCUAGUCGUGCCUGGAGUAUAUCUGGGCGCAGUAUCCACACCUUGAUUGACACCGGCGUACCUGGUAAACCCGAAGUCGAGCGCACACGGGCUCUUCUGUUGUCAUCGGGGAUCAAAGCGCGGGAGAUUACUCGCCGAGCCCACACUCCCCGUGAACAAGUUCCUAACUGGCUUCAAAGCUCCAUGGGCCCUGGUUCAUCUGUUCCACGGGUGACACGGGUCGGCGAGUUCGACCUCGCUGCUCAGUGCCUCCUCCAGCGUUUCGAGCACACCCAAUACUCGUUCCAACAAUCUAUGCACCAUUUCUCCACCUCCACCUCGUCGCCUCUUCGAUCCCAGCUGAAGAACCUAGAAAGCCUGGUCAAUAAUUCCCUGGCUCCUCGCGUCCGAGCCACGGCAAAUGACGCGGAGGAUUUGUGUGUCCAGCUCAACACGACCAGCACACUUGCUGUUAAGCAGUUGAGUGAUGCCCUUGACAAAGGCCUUCGUAAGCGUCGCCGUCGAUUGCGGUGGAUCCGUCGCACUGGGUUCAUGGUUUUGGAAUGGGCCUUAGUUGCUAUGCUUUGGUGGGUGUGGCUUAUUGUCAUGGGUUUCAAGCUCGUGCGUGGUGUCUUCCGGGGUGCCUUUACUGGUAUCCGAUGGAUCUUGUGGCUUUGA